CUGGAGCUGGCCUACGUGCUGGUGCUGGGCCCUGGGCCGCCCCCGCUGGGACCCCUGGCCCGCGCCUUGCAGCUUGCGCUGGCCGCCUUCCAGCUGCUUAACCUGCUAGGCAACGUGGGGCUGUUCCUGCGCUCCGACCCCAGCAUCCGCGGCGUGAUGCUGGCCGGCCGCGGGCUGGGCCAGGGCUGGGCUUACUGCUACCAGUGUCAAAGCCAGGUGCCGCCGCGCAGCGCGCACUGCUCCGCCUGCCGGGUCUGCAUCCUGCGGCGCGACCACCACUGCCGCCUGCUGGGCCGCUGCGUGGGCUUCCGCAACUACCGGCCCUUCCUGUGCCUGCUGCUCCACGGGGGCGGCGUCCUGCUGCACGUCUCUGUGCUGCUGGGCCCCGCCCUGGCGGCCCUGCUGCGGGCCCACGCGCCCCUGCACACCGCCGCCCUCCUGCUGCUGCCCUGGCUCAUGCUGCUUACAGGCAGAGUGUCGCUGGCGCAGUUCGCGCUGGCCUUCGUGACCGACACGUGUGUGGCGGGCGCGCUGCUGUGCGGGGCUGGGCUGCUCUUCCACGGGACGCUGCUGCUGCGGGGCCAGACCACGUGGGAGUGGGCUCGGGGCCAGCACGCCUACGACUUGGGUCCCAGCCACAACCUGCGGGCAGCCCUGGGGCCCCGCUGGGCUCUCGUCUGGCUCUGGCCCUUCCUGGCCUCCCCGUUGCCUGGGGACGGGAUCACCUUCCAGACCACAGCCGAUGGGGUGGCUUCCUGACUCCGGAGGGUGCACAGGGC